GAGUGUCGUUUCUCAAGUUUCACAAAUACAGAAACGACAUCGUUUAUAAGAUUAGCCCACAUUAAGUUAAGCUCGGUCUUCUUCUUCAAGCUAAGGAAGGUCGUGAGACUUGUGAGAAAACAAAAAACACUCGACUCGGAAACUAUCUCAAUCUUUCUACAGUCUUCUUCCAAAAACCCACCAUCUUCCUUCGUAAUGUCAGAGAACCAGUCCGAAGAAGUCCAGCAAAUCGAGAAGCUCUAUGAGUUCAGUGAGCGUCUCAAUGCCUCCAAGGACAAGUCUCAGAAUGUUGAGGAUUAUGAGGGGAUUAUUAAGAUGUCCAAGACUAGUAUGAAGGCAAAGCAGCUUGCGUCGCAGCUAAUUCCUCGAUACUUCAAGUUCUUCCCUAGUCUAUCCACUGAGGCUUUCGAUGCGCAUAUGGACUGCAUCGAUGAUGGAGAUCUUGGGGUACGUGUUCAAGCCAUCCGUGGACUCCCGCUGUUCUGUAAGGAUACGCCAGAGAUUAUAUCUAAGAUUGUUGAUGUUCUUGUUCAACUCUUGAAUACUGAGGAACCUGUGGAACGUGAUGCUGUGCAUAAGGCUCUGAUGUCAUUGUUACGACAAGAUCCAAAAGCAUCUUCGAGUGCCUUAUUUACGCAUGCUGGGGUUACUCCAACUACUGAUGAUCAAAUUCGUGAAAAGGUCUUGAAUUUCAUCAGAGAUAAGGUGAUUCCUCUUAAAGGGGAACUCUUAAAGCCUCAAGAAGAGAUGGAAAGACAUAUAACAGAUUUGAUCAAACAGAGCCUAGAAGAUGUAACUGGAGGAGAGUUUAAAAUGUUUAUGGAUUUCCUGACAAGUUUGAGUAUAUUUGGAGGCAAAGCUCCUCAAGAAAGAAUGCAAGAACUUGUGGAAAUUAUCGAAGGACAGGCGGAUUUAAAUGCACAAUUUGAAUUUUCAGACACAGACCAUAUUGACAGGUUGAUAUCAUGCCUGCAACUGGCUCUUCCCUUUUUUGCGAGAGGUGCUCCAAGCAGCAGGUUUCUUAACUAUUUGAACAAACAUAUCAUACCUGUUUUUGACAAGCUCCCAGAGGAAAGGAAACUUGAUUUGCUCAAAGCUCUUGCUGAUAUUUCUCCAUACACAACUGCUCAGGAAGCAAGGCAGCUGCUUCCUUCCAUCGUUCAGCUUUUAAAGAUAUACAUGCCUGCCAGAAAGACUGGAGAGGAAAUGAACUUCACAUACGUUGAGUGUUUGUUGUAUGCGUUUCAUCACCUUGCCCACAAGGUUCCAAAUGCUACAAACAGCUUGUGUGGGUACAAGAUUGUGACCGGCCAGCCAUCAGACAGAUUGGGGGAGGACUUCUCAGAGUUGAACAAAGACUUCACUGAAAGAUUAACCAUCGUUGAGGAUCUAACUAAGGCAACGAUGAAGAAAUUAACUCAGGGAAUGACUGAGCACAACAAAGCCAUGUCGGCUGCUAAGACAGAUGAAGAGAAGGCGAGCAUUAAAACAAAGAGGCAGAAUACUACAACUGGACUUAGGACAUGUAAUAACAUAUUGGCGAUGACAAAGCCAUUGCAUGCAAAAGUGCCACCUUUUAUCGGAGACACUAAUCUCAACCUGUCUUGGAAAGAAGCCACAAAGCCAUUAGCCUCAACAACAACAACAACAACAACAAUCGGAGGAAAGCGGCCUGCUAAUAGCAACAAUGGAAGUGGUAACAAUGUUGCAGCUAAGAAGGGACGUAGUUCGGGUGCUAUGCAAAGCCAGCUUGUGAACAAGGCCUUUGAAGGAAUAUCAUCAUACGGUGCUGGUAGAGGCGGAAACCGAGCUCUGAUUAUCUCUGGUGUGAGCUCUCGUGUCCUGAGUCAUGUCCCUCUGAAUAACUCGAUUUUGAUAUCUGAUGGGGUUCAUGAUGCCUUGAAUCACGAAUUUCUCACUCUCGAUCCCCCAAAAAGCUUGUCAAGGACCGCGUGUGUUCAUGUCUACGGGUUUCUUCCAUGUGCAGACAAUGUUGAAGGUUAUAUCUUCCAAGUUUUCUCCUUUGGGUGUCUCUUGAUCAUUGGUGACUAUUUCUUGUCUGAAGGAAGAUCAAAACUCUUUCUAAUAUUCGAGGUCGGGUUCUAUGGCGGUAUCAUCUUCCCUCUUCUUACAAUGUUCCCAAGAAUUGCUCUUAUGCUCUCAACGGGACUAUCAUUGAGCAGAGAUGUUGCUAGCUCCUUCAUAGAUGAAAACGUUGGAGUUACUGUGGGACACACUGUGUUUUCUCUCACAAUUCAAUGGGGAGCUUGUGUUGUUUUUAGCAUCACUGGUCCACGUUCUCACCAGUCAGAUGGAUUGAUCGAAAGACUAAAGAUAUUGAAAGGCUUUGUUGAAGCAAGAGUAGAAGCAGAUCCUAAGAACAAGAAAGCUGCAGGGAUUAUGCUGUUGAGUCUUGCUCCCUUUCUCAUGGUGACAUUAUCUGCGAUAUUUGAUUCACAUUCGUGGAGUCACAUCAUUGUGUUGAUCACACUGAUAAUUUCUUCUUUUUCAACCGUUGUCUACUUUGUUUACUCGUAUUUAGAUACGGCUAACCAAGAGAAGAGCUUAGAUCACGCGAGGUUUGAGCUCAUGUCAGAAGUUCAUAAGCACUUAAAGAGUUUGUUCAAGAAAACUGAUAAGAGCAAAGAUGGCAAGAUACAAAUAUCUGAACUAAAUGACUUAACCAUAGAGUUUUCGAACUUUGGGAGAAUGAAAUAUGACAUCAAUGAGCUUGCUAAAGCUUUUCUUGAGGAUUUUGAUGGAGACAAAGACGGCGAAUUAGAAGAGAAUGAAUUCGAGGAAGGGAUUGCGAGACUGCUCAAACAAUACAAAUUCGACGUAGAGGAUCAAAGAGAGAAUCACACUGAGGAACAUGGAGUUCUUAAGAUGGAAAUACCGAAGAAAACACUUGUUAAUAAAUUGCUAUCUAUGGAUACGUUAGUAGCUGCGAUUGAAGUCAUCGCAGGGAUCCUAAUUGUCCUCUUUCUAGCAAAACCAUUUAUGAUGAACAUCCAGCUCUUAUCCAUCUCAGCUGGAAUUCCUUCAAUCUACAUCGUGUUCGCGAUGGUACCUUUCGCUAGAAACUUAAAGAACACUCUAUCUACACGCUUCUGUCGAGGCAAAGACAAGAAAAGAAUCUCAUCCAAUACUUUCUCCGAGAUCUACAAAGAUGUUACAAUGAACAACCUCAUGGGAAUGUCGAUCAUAUUGGCAAUUGUGUAUACAAGAGGCUUGACAUGGAAAUACUCGGUAGAAGCUCUUAUUAUGGUGAUCGUUGGCCUCAUAAUCGGCUUACCGGUCUAUAUAAGAUCGACUUACCCGUUCUGGAUGUGUGUAUUGGCCUUUGCUAUUCCUGUCCCUCUAAAUAACUCCAUCUUGAUCUCUGAUGGUGUCCAUGGCGCCUUGGAUUACAAGUAUCUCACUCUUGAUCCUCCAGAGAACGUCAAAAAGGCAGCUUGCAUUCAUGUCUACGGGUUCCUUCCAUGUGCAGACAAUAUUGGAGGGUAUAUCUUCCAAGUUUUCUCCUUUGGCUGUCUCUUGAUCAUUGGUGACUAUUUCUUGUCUGAAGGAAGAUCAAAACUCUUUCUAAUAUUCGAGGUCGGGUUCUAUGGCGGUAUCAUCUUCCCUCUCCUUACAAUGUUCCCAAGAAUUGCCCUUAUGAUAUCGCCAGGACUAGUAGCGACCCACGAGGGUGCUCUAAUGAUUGUGGGAAACAACGUUGGAGUUACUAUGGGACACACAAUUUUUGCUCUGACAAUGCAAUGGGGAGCUUGUGUUGUCUUUGGUUUGACCGGUCCUAAUUCAGAUCCAUCAAUCCGAAGAGGAUCCAUCAAAAGAACAGCCUCUGAUACAAAGAAUCCAAGAAGGGGAUUUUACAGAAUGAAGAUACUAAAAAGUGUUGUUGAAGCAAGCGUAGAUGCAGAUCCUAAGAACAAGAAAGCUGCAGGGAUUAUGCUCUUGACUCUAGUUCCAUUUCUCUUAGUAACAUUGCCUGAUUUAUUGGAUGCACAAUCUUGGAGUGAUAUCAUUAUGUUGAUCACACUCAUAAUCUCUUGUUCUUCAACCUUUAUCUACUUUGUUUACUCGUAUUUUGAUACGGCAGACCAAAAGAAGAGCUUAGAUCACGCCAAGUUUGAGCUCAUGUCAGAAGUUCAUAAGCAUUUGCAGAGUUUUUCGCCUCGAACCCUUAUUAGAGACGGACAACUAAGUAAAGAAAGCUUGAAAAGUUUGUUCGAUAAAAUCGAUAGGAACAAAGAUGGGAAGAUUCAAAUCUCGGAGCUUAAAGACUUAACAGUAGAGUUUGGAGUUUUUGGAAGGAUGAAAUGUGACAUCAAUGAGUUUGCAAGCACUUUACUUGCGGAGUUCGACAAAGACAAAAAUGGCGAACUAGACGAGAACGAAUUCGAAGAAGGGAUAAUGAAACUACUGAAUCAGUACAAAUUUGAUAACCAAGAGUCUCCAAGACAGAACAACACAUACAUUUACAGAACACCAUCCGAUUCUGUGCAUGUUAAGAACCUGUCGAAUGGAGAGGAAGCUGGAGUUUUAAAGCUAGAAAUGCCAAAGCAAACUCUUGUUGCUAAAUUCCUCUCCAUGAGAACCUUAAGAGCUGUGACUAAAGUUAUCGGUGGGAUGCUAAUCGUCGUCUUUCUUGCUAAACCAUUUAUGGUAAACAUUGGACUCUUAUCGGUUUCAGCUGGAGUUCCUUCUUUCUACUCAGUAUUUGCAGUGAUCCCUUUGGUUAGAAACUUGAAGAACACUUUAUCUGCACACUUCUGUCGAAAGAAAGACAAAGCAAGAAUCGCAUCUGAAAUGUUCUCUGAGAUUUACAGGGAUGUUACGAUGAACAAUCUGAUGGGAAUGUCGAUAACAUUGGCGAUUGUAUACUCGAGAGGAUUGAAAUGGGAAUACUCAAUAGAAUCUCUUCUUGUUGUGGUAGUUGGCAUGGCAAUUGGCUUACCGGCUUACGUGAGAUCGACUUAUCCGUUCUGGAUAUGUGUAAUGGCCUUUUCUAUGUAUAUCUUCUCUCUUGUCCUUAUCUAUAUUCAUUUUCAUCUUCGAGGUCAGAGCUAAAGCUUUCACCUUUUAGCUCUGAUCAAACUGAGAGUAUAUCAAUUUCAAAGUGUGCUUUUCCAUUUUCAUAUUGUGGAUGAGAGCUUUAUAAAGACCAUGAUCUUUUGGUUAAACUUUGUCUGGUUCUUAUGUUGUUGCUGAUCUUAUGAGGUUUGAGCUCAAAUCAGAAGUUCUUGUGCACUUGCAGCAUUUUGUUCUG